GUUGGUCAGCUGAUCGCGGACGAGGGUUUUGGUGUGGAUGGUCCGCGCCGCUGAGAGGGGAGAGAGUCGAAGGAGGUGGAGGAGGAGCCAGUCGCCGCCGCCGCCGCCGCGAUGCCCUCGGAAAAGAGCUUCAAGCAGCGACGCACUUUCGAACAAAGAGUAGAAGAUGUCAGACUUAUUCGAGAGCAGCAUCCUACAAAGAUACCAGUAAUCAUUGAAAGGUAUAAAGGAGAAAAGCAACUUCCCAUUCUGGAUAAAACAAAGUUUCUGGUCCCAGAUCAUGUCAACAUGAGUGAGCUGAUCAAGAUUAUCAGGCGUCGGCUGCAGCUGAAUUCCAAUCAAGCUUUCUUCUUACUGGUGAAUGGACACAGCAUGGUGAGCGUUUCAACACCAAUUUCGGAGGUGUAUGAAAGUGAAAAGGACGAGGACGGAUUCCUGUACAUGGUGUAUGCCUCUCAGGAAACAUUUGGAAUGAAAUCUGUGUAAACCAUCCCCAGUGGCUUGUAGCCUAGGAUAGUUUUUACCCCUCCCUCCCACAGGAAAAAACAAAGGGAUGUCACCAACCUGCUCACAGUAGUUGUGCUUAGCGGGUAUUCUCACCGUACUGUUUUAUUUGUGAAUAUUGAACAGAUGAGUGCCAGUAUAGACAAGCAGCGCAGCUUUGUAGACCUGCUAUAAAAUUUGCACAGGCACAUUUGCUUUAAGCCUCUGGAAUUUUAAACUAUACUGUAUGUGUGUGUGUGUGUUAAGUUGCCAAUAAAAGGGAUGUUUGCAUUAAUCAUAGAAAAUGGGCUAGCAUUUAGCAGCAAACUGAAAUACUUGCGUGUGACAUCUCAUAAUGUUAAGUCAUGUUUCAGCUCCUGAAAACUGUUUUUUAAGAAAGGGAACAAAUAGGAGUAAUGGUCUGCUUCUUUUAACCUUUUUUUGAUGCAUGUGAUGAAAGGGGUGGGCAUUAAUUCAUUGGUACUGUUACUUUAGAAGGCAAAACAUCAGAUUGCUAAUUAUUGUUAUAUACCAAACAUCACAGCUUUAUGCUAGUUUUAGGAAAUAUAUACAUAACUGUUGUCAAAGAAAAGCUUCCGUCUACCCAGAGUUUGGUAUUCUGUUCUACACCUUGUUAAAUUUAUUCUAAUUAAAUCAACCCAAACCCUCAGCAAAGAGGACUUCAUUUUGUCAGUCAGAAAGCAUUGGGAGGUAGCAGGGUUUUGAGGUUAGCCAAUUGCCAAAGUAAUACAGUAAACAUUGGCAGUAAACAUCGCAGCUGUUGAAUUGUUUCUUUAUAUUUAGCAUAUUAACCUCGCUACCCAAGUUCUUGAUUUUCAUUGAAAUACAUGAAGAACAUUUUUGUAUUUCCUCGUUGGCAGAAAGCCCUUGUUUCCUUUAGCUGCAUUUCAAACUAUCAAAACUCAAAAAGAAUUUCCCUUUGUUUUAAAGUUGCAAAGAAGUUUGAUCACUGCUUCCAGUCAGUUGCAUAGGGACUUAAAUUUUGCUGUAAACAGGGUAUGUCCUGUGCAAAAGGAAAGUAAUUCAGAUAGUGUCCUGCUUCCCCAUUUGUUAUACAGUGAAAUGUAGUAAGCUAAGACUUAUCCUUGUAUAUUAAUGCAUGUGAAUUUAAUUAUAUGUUAUAGCAAACAAAUUUUUAUUAUGUGGAGAAGAGGCUAAAUCUUGACAUGCUGUAAAAUAUCAAUAUGACAUGCAGUUUCUACCUUUGCAUGCAUCUGUUCAAUGCUUGCUUCUAACAAGUUCACUGUGAGCUUUUACUUCACUGUAAAAUUUUAAAGUCUUCUGUUCAGUUACUAUUUCUUCAUAAGACAGCCAUCCUUACAAUGGGCUAAUGGCUGCUCUUGUAUAAAUGUUGAUUUUUCUUUUGUUUUUUAAA